AUGGGCGUAGUCUGGAACGAUUUCCAACAAGCUCUGUUGGGCAUCCAGCACAUGCACGUCAAAAGGAUUGUCCAUCGAGACAUUAAGGUGCAGAACUUCCUCUACGGGGGCCCGGACGGAAGGACCCUGAAGCUGGCGGACUUCGGGCUCUCCGUUGAGAUCCAUCCUGGCGGGAAGUUGGAAGCAGUGUGUGGGUCGCCAGCCUUCAUGGCGCCUGAGAUGGUGCUACGCCAGGGCUAUGACUUUAAGGUUUAG